CACAUAAUGCAUUGAAUAUAUGUAGAAGGAAAAAGUCAGAAAUUCAUCAUUUCAAUUACGAUUUAUUCAUUUACUCAUUUUCUUCAACAGAAACGCUAGGUUUUGAAGGUGAAAUCGGAUCAAGUAAUUUUUACAUGACUGUCAGUGUUGCCAUUUUCAUAGAAAUUUCAGAGCUGACUGCUGGGGUCCCUGGUCUUGCAGGGUCAGCAGAAAUUAAUCGGCAUGUACAUGGGGCAUCUUCUGUUGGUACAAAGUAUACUUCUUGCAUUUGGAGGUAACCAGGCUAUUCGUUCCGCCGAGUCCGCAAAUGGAGGAAAUUCAUCGUCACGUGCCACAGACCACCCAGCCACAAGUUACUUUCCACGACCAUCAUCUAGUGCCACAGGUUUCCAAGCUACAGGCUCCCUUCACAAAAUUAGUUUCCACGGUCUAUUAGGAAUAGUAUUCACUCCAUUAUCAUCUGUCACUUUUGUUCAGGAAACUGCGUCUUCACUGAAAUUAACAAAAUCAUCAAAUCAUAUUGGCUUUCAAACGGCUGCGAAUUUCUCUGUAUUUUUUGAGCGGUCGAGUCCAACAUCCGGUAUUAUAGAUCUUUCCUCAGGUUCCUUAGUAUCAGCGCAGACGUCAUGCUCACCGUCAAGUGCCAGAGGUGUUCAGACAACCAGCAACUCGAUAGGUUCAGUGCAAAUACCUGGUGCUGUCUCUGGGUUUACUCCGGGAGAACCAUCGACAGUAGGUGAACCGUUGCCUCUUCUGGCUAAGAUACUCAUUCCUGUGGUUGGAGUCCUGUUCGUUGUGGUAGUUGGUGUCGCUUGGUGUUGCUGUGUACGAGGAAAGGAAAGAGAAAACUUCGAAAACCCCACCGAAUCAACACAGAUGGUACGACUUGAUGGGACCGAAAAUCGUGGAGGGUCCUGUUAACUCCAUGCGGUGUUAUUCCUGUGUCAAUUGCAACUCUAACAGGUUUUUAAACGAAAAGAUAAACAAGAACGACACACAAGACGGGAAUGAGUCUUUACAUUAACAAGUCAUGUCUCACUAACCACUACAUCGAGAUUAAACAUUUUAAAGCAAGAAGUGCAGAACAUUAAAAUCUAAGAGCAUGUAUUGCAAUUUUGUAAUCUGACCAUUGAUCAACCCAUAGGAAGUCUUAGAACUGUUGCACUCAGACUCUGAUAUCUGAGGGACAACAAACCAUUAUAAGCAUUCAGCUGUCACGUGACUUUCGGAAGGAACUCAACUGUAUGACCUCCGACUGUAGGUGACUAUCACGUGACUUAAAGCGUGACAUGAAAACGAGUCUGAUAAGGGACCACUCAUUACUCAUCGC